AUGGGAAAAGAGCCGAUGCCUCAGUUAACUGUUGAAGAACUGUGCAAACGGGUGGGAAUUUUGUCAGUAAAUCAUGAGAUAGAUAGAACACAGUCUAUUCAACACCUACUGCCAAGGGCUAUCUUUCAUGGCCCAGCCCAUCUCACGGCCGAAGAUUUUAUCUGGAGUCUAGAUGGUAUACCCCUGGCGAGACCUCUAUUUACCCCUGGCUAUGUACCAGAUUCUUUCGGCGGAUAUGUCACUCUUGAAUGCCCUCAUGCCCAGCGUGCCAGUGACUCGCAUAUUUACUCGGUACAGCUGUCCACGAAGGCGGCAAAGAGACUCCUUAAAGAGGUGGCUGAACGUGAACACCUUGACUUGUCAGUCGCAUUGUUGCUCCAAGCAAUAGACCUUUUAACGCAGCCAAUUGAAUUCCCACCAGGAUUAUGCACUCUAAAUGACGACGAAUAUAGGAAUGGGGUUUCACAUUUGGAGAUGCCGGAGCAAGUGUUACUUUCGUCCAGGCUGAUUGAUGAAGAAGUGCAACGCUUGUCGGGACUGGCGCCGGCCGUAAUACGGGAGUUACCCUCAAGAUUGGCAGUCAUGGAUGGGCAAACAGUUCGCCUUGAGUUUGAGGUCGAUUCUGAAACGCCCGUCACGAACGAGUGGUUGUUCAAUGGCGAGCUGAUCGAUGUAAGCAUACGCAGGAAAGACCAGAAAAAUUUUCAAUAA